UUCCUGCGCUGGGCCUCCCACGUGACCUUCAGUCCUGUCCCGGGCUCGGCUGACGGAGGCCUCCUGCUCGCUUUGGCGACUCUGCCUGUUCUCCUCCCAGCCCUGUAUUGCCUGGAGCUUCCCAACUAGGAGGCCGCCCGCCCGCCCGCCCGCCCUCCCAGUACAACUCAAAUGCCGCCUUUCGUUUAACUCCGUGAUCUCUGCUGCCUGAGAAAUGUAGGGCUACAUUUGUACACAUGCUUAGCUUUGCUUUCGCCAAAAUGUAAGCUGCAUGUUCCCCAAGCAGAGACCUGCCUUGCUGGUUGUAGGGGAAAGGCACAGCCACAAAUGUAGGGGUUGCAAGAUUGGGGGGGGGGCGCGCAGCUUGGUGGUACAGCAUCUGCGUAGUCCCCAAUGGCCACUCCGGUGCUGCCAGACAAUAUUGAGCGAAAUGGGCCUCAGUCUAAGGUAGCUUCCUCAGUUCCUGGGAAGGAAAAACAAGAAAUAUAAAUCGAGUGAGAUUUGCAGAGUUGGAGGAUUUGAAAUCCUAGCAGCAGAAACGGCGUCACACACCCUUGAAUGAUUUUGUCACAAGUAUUUUUAAUUCUUGGUGUGUUUGUGGAAAAACACACGUUCCUGCGCUUUAGUCUGGUUUAAUUAGCCCGAGCUGCCUUUGGCAAUCCUGCCUGGCCCCGCUGCUUGUACUCAGCAACAAAGCCUCGUGCAGCCUGUCAGCGACCACCAGCCCAAGCAGGCCGCCGGGCGUGUGCCCAGGGACUGUGUCCGAAAGGCAUGGCGUCGUGACUGGGCAACUGGGAACAGCAGAGGAAGGCAUGGGAGGAUGUGAUUCUGGCUUUGGAAAAGAGGCUGCUCAUCACUUAGAUACUCUGGGACUGACCGUCUUUGCCAGCGUGCUGGAUUUGAAGAGCCCCGGGGCAGAGGAGCUUCGGCAGAACUGCUCGGCAAGGCUGACCCUGCUGGAAAUGGACCUGACCAACCCUGAGGACAUCCAGAGAGUUUUGCACUUCAUCAAGGCUCAGACAGGGAAGACAGGUCUUUGGGGCCUAGUGAAUAAUGCUGGAGUCAACCACACCAUUGCAGAUGCUGAGCUGACUCCGCUCCAUCACUUCCGCAGCUGCAUGGAGGUGAACUUCUUUGGCACCUUGGAGCUGACCAAAGGGCUGCUGCCUUUGUUGCGCUCAUCACAAGGAAGGAUUGUCACAGUCAGUAGCCCAGCAGGUAGCAUGCCAUACCCCUGCCUAGCUAGCUACGGGGCAUCCAAAGCUGCUCUUAGCCUUGUCAUGGACACUUUCCAGUACGAACUGGCACCCUGGGGGAUCCGAGUGAGCGUCAUCUUCCCAGGAUAUUUCAAAACCGGUAGUACUUGUAAUCCUGACUAUUGGAAAGAAAGGAAGGAUCAGCUGCUCGUCGCUUUGCCCCCUGACCUCUUGGAGGCCUACGGGGAGGGAUACCUUGAAGACAUCAACAAGCAGUUUGUGGCUUCCAUGAAGCGUGCCGUGGAGGACCUCAGCCCUGUCGUGGAGAGCAUCACAGAUGGCCUCCUCUCCACCCGGCCGCUGGUGAAAUAUUACCCCGGGCGGGGGCUGGGGCUCAUGUACUUCAUCCACCAUUACUUGCCCCACACUGUCCGCAACCUGUUCCUCAAAGCCUUUUUCAUCAGUCCAGAGCUGCCCCGGGGCCUGCAGCCAAAGCCUGGGGGCAGUGCCCCCCAGGGAGAAUGAGGGCUUCCUGGGCAGUUGUUUUGGCACCCAAGCAACAAAAGGGAGCUGGGAAAGGCUCCAGCAUCCAGAGCAGGCACUGCCAUAUUCGCUCAGAGAGAAACAUGCUUCUACUGAAAUGAUGCCCUCUCGUUUGGCCCUGGGGCAAGCCACGGUGGUUGCAUCCCACCCACAUCCCGGCCAUUUCCUUACUGUGAGAACUACAAUUCUAGGAAGAGGAUUCUGGGAAGAGACCCACUCACCUCAAGGAACAGAAUGCAGGGCAAGCCUUGCAUGGGGAGGGCAGUGAUGGUGGGGGCCAUGGCGACCUCUCCUCCUCCCUGACUUGCUUUUCGCUUCCCCUCCCCACUUCCUUGUGCUGCUGUGAACCUGUAGUGACAGCUUCCCUGUCUCUCAGCUUUGUCACAUACAGGGCCGGCACCAGCCUGCCCUGGGCCCACAGUGCCAUAGCCCAACAGCCCCCCCAAACAGGCAGCAUGGGGCUAAUAAGCCCACCCAUGCGCCCCACCUACCUCUCAUGUCGUGUGAAUGACGUGCACACGUAGCACAUGUGCCUGCCAUCAACCAAGGUGGUGGCAUCAGCGUCAGCCCCUUAGGGAAGCUCCUGCCACCAUCUUAGAUGAUGGCAGGCAUGCAUGAACAGCACGCAUGGCAUUCAUACUGACAGGAGAGGUAGGUGGGGUGUGAGUGCAGGCUUAUCUAAGCCCAUGCUGUCUGUAUUGGGAGGGAUGCCUGGGAGCUCCCUCUCCACGAUCCGCAGCAGGGUCGGGUUGCAGGACCCAACACUGCCACAGAUCACAGAGAGGGAGCACCACCCUCCCACCCUAAGAAAAAGUCCUUCAGGAGCCCUUCUGGGCCCCAACAACCCUCAGCCAGGGCUCAACCUGGCCACCCUCUGGUGCCGGCCCUGGUCAUAUACCUCCAUAAACUUUGGCUCAGACAGCACAAUCUGCCUUUGCCACAAGGGCCAAAUGGCUGUCCAACCUCUCAGUUCAGAUCUAUGUAACAUAAUCACCCCUCAAGCAUUCUAAUAUACAUUAACAAUAUUCAUAAAGUAUUAUGAACAAGACACUAUAUCAGCCAUACUUGUUACCCAUAUGAAUCAAUUCAGUUCAUAUAUUUUUUAGGGCACACCUAGGAUAGAGAGACACUCCCUGUUCUGCUGGUUCCAGUGAGGCUCCACCUUGCUCUUCUGAAAAUGGGAGCACACCCCGGCCCUUUUUACUGUAAAACCUGGUAGAUCAGCUCAAGAGUGUUCUGGGGUUCUUUUUAAAUUCAGCCUCAAAGAGAUUUUGCAACUGAUAGGCAGAUCAACCCGUUCCCCCUCCAAGUGUGGCCAAUGGAAACGCUUUGCUGUAGGCGACUCAUGGGUUUACAGCACUAGUUUCUUAGCUGUUCUGAAAACAGUAGCCACCAUGUAAGUGAUAUGAAACUGAUUAUCCAUUAACAGCUCAAUUACAAAAUCUGUUACAGAAUGUGUAACAGGUCCCGCCCCCCCGGAUCCACAUACAAUGGGCAAAAUAAAAAUGAGUCGCAUUGUCAAUUUGGCUGUAUCCAAAAACUCACCUGUGAAUCCAUUUCAUUUAUCCUAUUCCGCCGUCUCAGGUAAAGCAGAUCAAUUCUGGUUUCAACAGACAGUAAUCCAAGCUUGGCUCUGAGAAAAGCAGGCCAUGUCCCAGGAGGGAGUGCUAAACAUUAUUCAAUAUUUUGCAAGAUUUCCAAAUUUAAUGUUAUUCCAUUUCCCCAGAGAUGGGCCCCAUAGAAUAACUGAGUGAAGCCUUCACAGAGAAAACCUUCCAGACAGGUCCACUGGUUGCCCUCUUUCAUUACAUAAUGUUUUGGGAGCUCACGGAUUGUCCUAGUAACGGAACUUUUAAUAGCUGUUAGUUGUUGUUUCCAAUAACUUUCAUCAAGAUUGGACUUGUUCUCUUCCUUGCCCAACAAACAGCCAUUUAUAUUUCUGGGGUCUGUUAUCAAAAACCAUAAUGUUAGCCAUACAGUAAUUAAUGUCCAGCUGCUCCUUCCUGGAAUGGGAACCAAAUAUAAGCAACAUUUAAGUCAUAGCUUGCUUAAGCAUAAUUCAAGGUUGUUGGCAAUAUCAUUCAUUCCACCAACACAAGGAGAAAAAAGGAAAAACAUGACAUUUCUAUAGCAAUGUGGUUUACGUGAAAAUAAAAAUAAAUAGACAUAUAAAUACAUUUUAAAAAUUGGGCCAGCAUACAACCCUGUGUUAUUUCUCCUUAUCUGUGUUAGGCUGCAAUCCUAAUCCUGUUUAGUAUUGAAUUCAAUAGGACUUACUUCUGAGUAGAUAGUUAGGAUUGCAGCCUUCCUAAUGUAAGGUGCCGUUAUGGCCAACCCUUACUUUUGUUGUAGCAUUACGAUGCAAUAGCUGUAUGACCCAAAGAAAUCUUUUGCCAAUAUUAGGUGGAGCCAAUUUACACCAUGGCCAACUUUUAUUUACCAGAUCAAAGGCUGAGGUAAAAUCAAUGAAGGCUGCAAAUUGGGCCCUUGAUACAACUGAAAAUUAAAUGGUGUAAUACAUAGAUAUCUGAGGGCUUAGAGUGUGUAGAAAAGUGUGCACCACAAGCCUGUGGAUUCUGCAUGUGGGCCCAGUCAGUGCCUUUUGUCUGUGACUGACCCCAAGGGUGGGGGCUCAUUCAUGUCUUGCUACUGUGCCAAAGCCGUCUCCCUUGCAUUUGCAAGCUGCUCCCUCACACACACACCGCCUCAUAGCCAUGCAGGAACUGAGCCAAAAAGGCCUCCCUGAAGGACCUCCCUUGUGGCCUCCAGAGGUGGGCAAGGACUCUCAGGUAGAUGGUCUGCAAAUUUUGUCAAAAAGAGCAAGGUCACGAUUGUCACUUGAAAAUAAAAUUUAUUUCAUA